AUGUCUGAUAACAUCAACAACACUGCCGCUGCUGGUCAGCGCACACCUAUUACCUUUGGUACUGAACUCGAGUUCAUCGCUAUUGUUCCCAGAAAGACGAUAAUGACAUACGGUACGGCCGAGGCAUACGUCCGUAGCUAUCUUCGUAACGCACGAGUCAAGCUUCCCUGCAACAAGCCUGGUUGUAAGGAAGGCGAGCACGAGUUUUCUUUACCCAUCCACGACCACACGGGUGAUACCAACGACAAGUGGACACUCACCAAGGAUGAGAGUGUCAGUUUGCCCCUUGGCUUCCUCGGGAGCAGUCUUGUCCGUGACAACUAUGGUAAAUUGGAGUUGAUCUCUCGUGUGCAGAAGUUUGAGGGGACCUCUCCCUGCCCCACGGACCAGGGAUACCCAUGUACCGGAGAAACUUUCGAGUGGAGCUGGCGUGAUGAAAUGAGGUGUUUCCUCGAGGUCCUUCACCAGGCUUUCACUGGACCUGGUUUCUGCCUUCUUGUUAACGAAACUACCGGUUUGCACGUUCACCUCGGACACGGCGACAACGGCCUACCUGUCAACGUCGUUCAAGGUCUUCUGGGCACCAUGACAGCUCUGGAGCGUUCUUUCGACCAGGUACUCCCUACCGACCGCAUCAACGGAGCAACUUCCGGGUGGUCUUCGGGUUUGUAUGACGAUCCAGAGAAGUUUGAGUCCCUUCCUGGCAUUGAAAUUCAUGGGUUCCACACCUUGUACAAGCCUGGCAUCCUUAAUACAGGAGUCGAUUUCUCAAACAUGUACUGCCCAGCCAUUUCGAGGACCAUGUUCGAGAAUCUCCACAAUAGAAUCGAGGAUAAGGCAAGAGGCAAAGACACCCGCAAAGCGCAGAGUUGGAAUCCGCCAAAUAGUCCAACCGACGGCGUUGUCCCUGUCCCUGCGCUUUCUGCUGAAACUGCCAAGUCUAUUGAGAAAGACCUCCUUAGCUUCAAUGUUCCUAGCUGGUUGGAAAUCAUCGAGAAGAGUUCCAGUGGUCAGGAGGUCAAGUCUGUUUUUACCAAGUCCAAGAACAGUGCUCUAGGCUUGAGAGGUGUGGGAGACCCUGAUCUCUUCUAUAGGGGACCUCCUACAGCUGAAGUCCGCGCUCACGCUGGCAGUCUCGAUCUUGAAGAGAUAAGUGCUUGGGUUGAUCUCCUGUGCAGUCUGGCUCGCUGGAGUGAGGUUGAAUCAAAGAAGAAUGUGUUCUCUUACCUCCUCGAGUCAUGGGGAAACGCUGAGUACAACAUUUGCACCCUGGCUCGUCAAGUCAGUGCCAGUGAGUCGACCCUUCGUCAUUACACUUUCGUCUUGCAAGACGACUACGCUCAGCGCCGUUUCGAGAGGUACACCUCUCCCCCUUUGACUUUUACUGACAAUUUAGAAAACCUCAACCGUGCCAACGAGGAGCAGCGCCGCAGGCAUUUCUCUCGCAAGAACGUUGAUGAGAAAAUUCGUUGGAAGCUCGAGUCUGGAAGAUAUGGACCAUUGCUUACCAGUGUCCUUGAAGCUCAGCCUGAGCCUGAGGUGUUCUCAAGACCCGAGGCCAAGUUCCUGCACUACAACGAGGAAAGCCAGAAGGCUUAUGUUGCGCACUUGAAGAACUACUAUCGCGUCAAGCGCAAGCUCGAAUUGACUUCUAAGGACUCUGUCGAUGGUUCUGAUGCUUCCUUGGGUGAUUCUUCUAGUGCGUCCUCGGAUGGUUCUUCUGAUGUCUCUUCUGAUGGCGGGGCCAAGCUUUCGAGUGAUUCUGAUGCGGAGUCUGUGGUCGCAGGUGCAGCUAAUGUGAAGCCUGAGUCCAGCUCGAGUGACAAGUCCAGCUCGGAUGAUGAGUCCAGCCCGAAUGGUGAGUCCGGCUCGGGUGAUACGCCCAGCUCAGAUGACGAUUCCAGCUCGAGUGGUGGGUCUGAUGAGUCUGAGGACGAACCUACCAAGUCUCCUGUCAAGGACUCAAUUGCCGAUGAAUCCGAGGAAGAGUUCAGCGAUGAAGGAUGGUACGGACUUCAUCCUGGCUUGGCCGCCGCCUACAACGCUAUCCCUGGCCAGCAGCUCACCUACCUCGAGAACCAAGUCCUCGACAUGCCUGCACUUCCUUCUCCCACCACCCCCAACAUGCUCGAUUUCGAGGAACUGAAGACUGACACAGUUGCCAGAAUUCAUGAUGCCUUCUUUAGUGCGGUCACGAUUGAGAGUCUUGCUGCUGCUGAGUCCAAGAAUGAGGUCGAGAACAUCAUCGCUCGUGCCGUCGAGUCCCAGAAGCAGAUGCAUGUGCUGAAGUCUGUUGCGCAGGAGAAGGCUAUCGCAAAGAAGUAUCUGAACAAGAAGGGCAAAGAGGAGUAG